AUGUCGUCAACGAGCAACCACGCAUCUUUAAAGGAGGGACAACGCAGAGGGGACCACGGCGCUGUCGCCACAAGCCUAUGCCAUGUUCCUGAAGAUCAGCGGAAAGCCAGCCCACAAGUUUCGACCGUGGCUGCACUGGGUGCCGCAGCUGUGAAAGCGCCGCCGAUGGAAGCGGGCACCGCAUCAUCGAUCGCACCCUCCGCCCAGACCGCCGAACCACUUAGCGAGGCUAGAGCGGCUUCUGCUGCGCCAACUGGCCCCACAGAAAUGAACUCAAUCAAGAGCGGUGACCCAGAGAAGGCUGGUGUAGCGCACUGUCGGCCCGUUAUCUCCGCCACUAUGCGGGCUUCUCCGACGAGCGAGUUUACCUGCAGUCGUGCGAAAGCAGCGCACGAAACUUUUGCGAUGGCUUGUGCUCUGCAUGCAGGCGCCUCCGCUACAGACACCUUCGUGUCGAUGCCUGCGCACGUGACCGCUGCUGAAAGCUCAGUUGCUACGCCGGAGGCCAUGGGCGUGUAUUUCAGCUCGGACGCAAUGGGCCAAAGCUUUGCCGUUGAACAGGCGAAAAAGCCCACAUGGGAAGCUCCACACGCGAACAGGGCGACCACAUGUGCCACAGUUCCUGUCGUCGCGGAUGUGCACUUGGCAGCAACUCCGAGCACCGCAACACUGUCUGGCGGUGAAACCGCUGUUAUCGUUGCGCCGGACAAUGUGGGUACAGCGACGGAAGCCCGCAGGCGGCUGUACUUGAGCGUGGCGGUAACCUACUUGGCGGCACUGUCGUUCGGCCUGGCCAUUGCUUACUCGUCGCCAGCGCUUCCGGGCAUACGAAAGGCCAUGGAGUUCAGCGACAGUGACAGCGGCUGGUUCGGCUCCCUUGUUACUCUUGGUGCGGUCAUCGGCGGUUUAAGUGGGGGACGCCAGCUGAGCAAGAUCGGACGGCGCGGCACCCUGAUCGCCUCGUCUCUCUGGUACAUGGGUGGUUGGGCCUGCCUGGCGGUGGCCACUCCCAAGGCGGCGCUGUUCGUCGGCCGCCUGCUCACGGGCGUCGGCACCGGCAUGGUGGCGCUCGCCAUUACCGUCUUCAUAUCGGAGAUCUCGCCCGCCGAGCUGCGCGGCUUGCUCAACACGGGUGCCAACCUGGUACUCUGCUCCGGCACACUGCUCGUAUUCGUGCUGGGCAAGGUUUUUAGCUUCUGGGUGCUUGCCGUCUGCUGCAUGCUGCCGGCGGCCACCAUGAGCGUCUCGCUCCUCUGGUGCCACGAGUCACCCCGCUGGCUGCUCAAGAACGGUUGGAGAGAUCGUGCGGCAGCGGCCCUGCGUUUCUAUGUGGGUCCCUUCGCCGCGGCCGAGCUGGCCGCCAUGGAGCAGGCCGUCGCGCGACGUGGCGGGGACGCGGUGACGAGUUUCACGAUACAAGACCUGACCUCACCGCAUGUCUACCGGUCCAUCUUGUGCGUCCUGCUGGCCAUGAGCAUGCAACAACUGUCGGCCAUAAGCGUGAUCAUCACGUUCGCCCAGGACAUCUUCGAGGAGGCCGGCACGUCCGUGUCGGCGGAAAACGCAGCGAUUGCUGUGGCGGCUAUCCAAGUGGUCAUGGUGGCCGUGGCGACAGUGCUCGCCGAUCGCCUAGGCCGGAAAGUGCUGCUCCUCUUCUCAUCAGCAGUGUCUUCGGUAAGCCUUGCAGUGCUUGGCCUGUCCUUCCACAUCAAAACGGCAGUCGGCGACAAGUUCGUGGAGGCCUUCGGCUGGUUGCCGUUGACCAGCCUCUGCACCUUCUUCGUCGGCUACUCCGUUGGUCUGGGCCCUUUGCCUUGGGUACUGCUGGGCGAGAUGAUCCCGCUGAAGGCCAAGGGAUUCGCGACAGGGGCCUGCACCGCCAUUUUGUUCGCCGAAGGAUUCAUCCUCACUAUAAGCUACAACAGCAUCCGUUCAAUCCUGGGCACUGCGGCGACCUACUGGAUGUUCAGCGCCUCUCUCGCUGUCAGCUUUGUCCUAGUUUUCAUUUUUGUUCCCGAGACAAAAGGAAAGGACUUGGAACAAAUUGAGCGCCUUUUCGGACGCACCAUGUCUUCACCUCUUGGAUCGCUAGUGAAGAGUGACGCUUCUAAUGCUAAAUGAUUGCAUUAAUAUCGCUCUUUUACGUUUUGAAUUGUGAUGUAAAUUCCUCCCAC